AUGAUAUUUCAGAUAUUGGCAAUUAUGACAAGUUGCAUACUUAUAAUAUUCACAGCAGAUGAUUUUACUACAUCACACCAGGGCCUGGAAAAGGAGGCUUUAAUUGUGCUGUGUUCUAGAAGCUCAGGUGUCUAUCCUGUGGAAUGGUAUGAUACAAAAAACAAUAUAAUUAAUAGCAUACAGAAGAAAAGCCGUGUAUUUGCUUCAGGAAAAUACCUCAAGUUUCUCCCAGCUGAAGUUUCUGAUACUGGAACCUAUACUUGCAUUGUCAAAAGCCCUACCUCUAAUAAGACUGGUAAUGUAAAUGUGACCAUAUAUGAAAAACAACCAGGUUGCAAUAUUCCAAUGCAGCUAAUAUAUGCUGAAACAAGUGGAUCAGAACAAGACUCCAGAAUAUAUUGUCCUACAACAUCAAAAUUCAAUUGGAUUGAACCCAUUGAGUGGUUUAAGAAUUGUAAACCUCUUCAAGGACCAAGGUACAAAUCACAUAUUAAUCAGUUGAUUAUUAUGGAUGCAACUAGUAAUGACACAGGUGACUACACAUGUAAAUUUAAGCACAAUGAAAAUGGAGUAAAUUACAAUGUAUCGGCAACAACAGCAUUCAAAUAUGAAGAAAAACGUGGCUUUAUUUCGAGUCCAAUGAUUUUGGCCCCUGCACAAAAUGAAAUAAAGGAAGUGGAAAUUGGAGGGAAAAUACUACUAAACUGCACUGCUUGCUUUGGGAAAAGCAUUCAAUCCAUUGCUCUUGUGGAGUGGCAUGUGAACUCAAAAACUAUUAAGAAGUUCAGUGAAGCCAGGUUUCAAGAAGAACCAGGGAAAUAUGAAGGCAAUAAUAUGGCUUGUCUAAGUAAACGUUUAACAAUAGUUGAUGUUAAAGAAGAGGAUUUAUUGCUGAAGUAUGACUGCUUUGCUUUAAAUACUUAUGGAAUGAAAACACACACCAUAGGAUUGAAGAAGAAACAAAUUGAUCGUAAAAGCACCUAUUACAUGAUUACAGGAUUUAUUAUAUUAUUAAUGCUAAUCAAUAUUUUGAUGAUAAUGCUCAAAGUGUUUUGGAUUGAGGCUAUUCUGCUCUGGAGAGACAUCAUUAGACCUUACAAAACUAGAAAUGAUGGAAAACUCUAUGAUGCUUAUGUUAUCUAUCCGCGGGAUUACAAGAGUAGUCCAAAAGGGACCAAUACUGUGGAAUACUUUGUUCAUCAGAUUCUACCAGAUGUCCUUGAAAAUCAAUGUGGCUAUAACUUAUGUAUAUAUGGGCGAGAUAUACUACCUGGAGAAGAUAUAGCUACAGCAGUAGAAAUCAAUAUAAGAAAAAGCAGGAGUCAUAUUUUUAUUCUGACCCCUCAAAUACUACAUAAUGAGGAGUUUGCAUAUGAACAGGAGAUUGCUCUGCAUUGUGCCCUCAUCCAGAAUGAAGCCAAGGUCAUUCUUAUUGAAAUGGAGUCUCUAAGUAAGCAAGUUCAACUGCAGUUUGGGCAACUUCAGGAUUCACUCCAGCACCUUAUAAAAAUGCAAGGAACCAUCAAGUGGAAGGAAGCUUGCAUUACUAACAAAAGCCCACUGAACUCUAAAUUCUGGAAGCAUGUGAGGUAUUGCAUGCCUUUGCCAAGCAAACUUCCAACAAAAACUUCUAGUAUAGUCUGA